GCUCCCGGGGGGGCGGGGCCGAGCCCGCGCCCGUCGUCCUAGCGACUCGCUGCCCCCGCCCUCCCCUCGCGCCCGUUGCCAUGGCGACCCCGGGGGGCAGCUGCCAUGGACCCGCCCCCGGGGUUGCCAUGGAGAACCCCCGGUCGCUGUGGAGCCCCCCGUGGUGGGGACGGGGAGGUGGGGGCCUGCGGGGACCUUGACGCCAUAUAGGGGCGGGGCCACGGGGGUCGCCCGUGGGGGAAGGCUUGGGUGUGUUUGGGAUCACGGGGGUGUGAGGUCACGCGAGUGUCAAGGGUCACGGGGGUGAGGUCUUGUUUGAAGUCAUACUUGCGUGUGUGAUUAUGCAUGGGUCAAGGUUCAUGCACGUAUAGGGUUGUGCAUGGGCGUGAGGUCACGUGGGUGGUCAUGCAUGGGCAGUACUGGAUGUGUGUCCAGGGCCACAAAGUAGCGGGGUCAUAGGUGAGGCUGUGCGUGGGUGUGAGGUCACUUUUGGGUCAAGGGUCACUCAUAUUUGAUGUCAUAUGUGGGUGUGAAAUCACUCAUGUGACCCAGCACACAUGGGUGCAGCAUGCGUGUCCUCGGGUUCCCUCCCACUGUACGGGAACCAGAGGUUCAGGCCUAGUUUCACCCCCCCUGGAGAACCCAGGCGUCUGGGCUUCCUUGCCAAUCCUCCAGCGUCCUUACCACCAUGCUUUGCUUCCCGCCAACCAGCAUGCGAGUCCUGUGCCUGCAGUGAAGCCGAGCAGAUUGGAGCAAAGGCUCAUGGGAAGACCAGACUCCAGCUCCACCCCCUCUGAUGAACUCGAUCCUGCUUGGAGUUGUUAGGGGCUGGAGCAGGUCCUUUCUCGUGACCUUUUGCUGUGAGCUGCUCUGGGCACGGGUUCCUCACGGGAGAACCCAUCUGUUCUGUGCUACCAGCAGGGCUCCCCCAUGUGAGUUGGGCUCCUGGCGCUGUUGCGGGGGGACCAGGCUGCCUCCUGGACCUCCCCUCCACUCUCCAGUGCUUGGACCAACGCACAGACGCCGCCCCCCCCCCCCCCCCCCCGACCUGGCCGGAGCUGCUCUCGGGGUGGCAGGGGUCAGAGGCACAGAGUCGGGCGUGGGGCACAGGCAACAGGUGGCGGGAGCAGCGGACGGGGAGGGGCCGGCCCCUGCGCCCGGGAGGAUGGCGGCUGAGACGCUCAAUUUCGGACCGGAAUGGCUCCGGGCGCUGUCCAGCGGGGGCAGCGUGGCCUCGCCCCCCCCCUCACCGGCGCUGCCCAAAUACAAGCUGGCUGAGUACCGCUACGGGCGCGAGGAGAUGUUAGCACUUUACGUCAAGGAAAACAAGGUCCCGGAGGAGAUGCAGGACAAGGAGUUUGCUGCCAUCCUCCAGGAGGAGCCACUGCAGCCCCUGGCCCUGCUGCCCCUGACAGAGGAGGAACAGAGGAACUUCUCCCUGUCAGUGAACAGUGUGGCGGUGCUGAGGCUUAUGGGAAAAGGGGGCGGGGCCGCCCCAGCUGGAGUCUCACGGGGCAGGGGCAGUGCCCGGAGCCGAGGGCGGGGCCGCGGCGAGACCGGCUUUUACCAAAGAGUGGCAGCGGCGGCAGAGGAGGUGGAUGGGGCUUUCGGGCGCGGCGCCCGCGAGAUCCACCGCAGCCAGAGCUGGGACGACCGAGGGGACCGGCGCUUUGAGAAGCCGCCCCGGCGCGAUGGAGGCCGGGGCGCAUUCGAGGAGGUGGUGCCGGGGCCGCGCAAGGAGCAUGCCCGCUCAGACAGCACCAACUGGCGCACACUGCGUGAGGAGCAUGAGGAGGCUGAGGAGGGGCGGGGACGGGGGCCUGGCAGCUGGCGCUUGCCUGGGGGCCGCCGCGAGGCUGAGCGUUGGCGCUCCACAAGCCCAGAUGGGGGCCCGCGCUCGGCGGGCUGGCGGGAGCCCUCUGGGGACGGGCGGCGGCGGAAGGUGGAGGACUGAGGGGCGGCGGCGGGUAGGAUCGGUGCCAGGAGAGGCCUCUGAGGUGACCGGGACAAGGAUGGGCUGCCAGAGUGGUGCGUGGACGACGAGGAUGAGGACCUGGGCACUUUCGAUGCCACCGGCGCCUUCCUUUCCCUCAAGAAGAGCCCAAAGGACCUGAUACCGGAGGAGCCACCUUUUGCCUUCCAGCUGCUGCCCGAGGGCCCAGAGCCACUCCAGCCCCGGCCCCCCACCCCCGAGCUGAGUGGGACCCAGGCAUCCGGGCCCAGCCCGGCCCUGGGGCUGCCACCGCCCUGCCCCCGCCCACUUUCGGCCGCCCCAGAGUUCUCUAUUGGGGAUCCUGAGGACGACGAUGGCAUGAAGCACCUGCAGCAGGAGGCAGAGAAGAUGGUGGCGGCACUGCAGGAGAGCACGGUGGAGGAGGAGCGCUUUACACAGGCCAUGGUUGAGCCGCGCAACACAGCUGCUGCCUACCCCCUGUGUCACGACGCUGCCCGCAAGUGGUUCUACAAGGACCCGCAGGGAGAGAUCCAGGGCCCCUUCACGACGCAAGAGAUGGCCGAGUGGUUCCAGGCUGGGUACUUCAGCAUGUCACUGCUGGUGAAGAGGGGCUGUGAUGAGGGCUUCCAGCCGCUGGGCGAGGUCAUCAAGAUGUGGGGCCGCGUGCCCUUUGCCCCUGGCCCUUCUCCGCCCCCACUGCUGGGUAACAUGGACCAGGAGCGACUGAAGAAGCAGCAGCAGGAGCUGGCAGCUGCUGCCCUGUACCAGCAGCUGCAGCACCAGCAGUUCCUGCAGCUCAUUAACAGCAGCUGGGCACAGUGCGCACUGCAGCAGAAGGCGGCUGCUGGGGACCUCAACCCCCAGCAACUCAGCGCCUUCCUCCAGCAGCUCCAGGGUCUCAAGGCCAGGCAAGGGGAGCAGAGCCUGGCACCAGCAAUGAGCAGGUCCUUGUCUGUGCCAGACACCGGGUCCCUGUGGGACACACAUACCUCAGCAUCACAGCCUGCAGGCAGUGAUGCCAGUUUAUGGGAUUUACCAAUUAACUCAUCAACUCAGGGUCCAAUCCUGGAGCAGCUGCAACUACAGCAGAAACUCCAGGAGCGCCGUGACGCAGAACUCAGGGCCAAGCGGGAAGAAGAGAAGCAGAAGCGGCGGGAGGAGGAGGAGCUCUUCCGGCGCAAGCAGUGUCGGCAGCAGGAGCUGCUGCUGAAACUGCUGCAGCAGGGUGGAGGGGCCGGAGGGGGGUCCUGGGGGGUCUUGCCCAAGCCCGGGGGCGCCAUGAAG